AUGAAGCAAACUCCAUGGUUGGACCCGAGCCAAUAUCUGUAAUGAAGAUUAAAUCGCUUUCCUUUAAUGAAUACACCUGUGGCGCCAGAUCGGCUAAGUAAAGGUCAGGGGAUUACCUUGACGCAAUCGUUUCCACGAGCUCUUCAUAGUCAUCUCUCUGCUCUGCUGCACGUCACUUCAGUCUGCCUCACUACCUCCACAUGGCAGCUAUUUCUCAUAGAAAGCUCACCAGACGCCAAAAAACCUGAGUCUGAACGAUCUUUUUGCGCUUUACUUGGAGGGGAUGCCCUGCCUCCACUCUGAAGCGCCGGAGUCCAUGGAGCCUGACAGUGCGACACCCAGGGCAACCACCGCCACGGGGACAGAGGAGUCGUUCCGCGGGGAGACAGUGGGUGAGCCGCCGAUGGUGCGGGGCAUGGGCUGGUUCUUCUCCCCGCAGUGGAGCCCUCGCUCCAAGACGCGCAACAAGAGGUUUGGCGACGGUAUGAAGAGCGACCAAGUGGAGGCCUGGCUGGAUGACCACUCCGACUUCACGAGGGCGUACUUUUUACGCAGAGCUUCCGCGGUCAGUGGUCCACAGACAGAGUCUCCACAGCAAAGGUUUCCCAGGAGCAGCUCUGACCACACCGACCUGCAAAGGAAGCCUCAUCAGCGCAGACCUUCCUCUCCACUACACAGCUCACAUUUGAACAUUUCAUGUUUGAUGGACAGGCUCAAACCCCUCGCCUCCAAUCUCAGCGCCCCCGAGUGGUCGGAUCGCUGCAGUCCAGAUGUAAUGGGCAGGCACUCCCCUUGCUCUCCACGCUCUCCUCGUUGUUCAAGCUUCUCUUUUUCUCCCUGCCGUCCUCUUUCUCCCAUCUGCCCCUGCUCCCCUAACUUAUCGCACUCUCCUCGUCGUCUGCGUCCGACUGCUGCAAGUACUGCAGCAUGUGGCCAUGGUGAGUGUUGCCCAUGGAUGAUGGAGCUCCUGAGAGGAGGUCUCAGCUGGAUGGUUUCUGUAGUGGAGCUCUGCCAUGGGGCUGUCCUGCACACUGGGGAGCUGCUGGGGGCUGAGUGUUGCUCCCUUUCUCUGGUAAAGAAAGACAGUGGUGGAAGAAAUACUCUGGAAGAGGUGAUCACCCCGAUAAUGUCGGGGUGCUUGAGUGAAGGCAACUUCUACAGCCACGCACACAUGGAGCUGGUGAAGGGUAUCAUGGGAUGUGUACUGGCUACAGGGUCACCAAUGAACAUGAGAGACGUAUCAGAGGACCCCAGAUUCUACAUAGAUGACGACCAAUCUUUAAAAAUCAGGACUGUUUUGAGUGUUCCCAUCAAGAACCAUGGGGGAGAGGUGAUCGGUGUUGUGUUAAUGAUCAACAAGAGAAAUGCCUGCGAUGGAUCAAUUUCUGGUUUCACCAACAUGGAUGAAAAGGUGCUUUCAAAUCAUAUGGAUGUGUUGGGGAUGGUGCUGGAUAAUGUCCAGCUGUAUGAAAGUUCAAGACAGGAGGCCAAACGCAGUCAGGCCUUGAUCGAGAUGGCACAGGUAUUGUCAAAGGAGCACCAUUCCUUUGAAGUUCUGCUGAGUAAGAUGGCUGCUACCAUCAUGCCCUUCACACACGCUCAGUACUGCACCAUCUUCAUCCCCAGCGAGCAAACCUCAGAUGAGGAAGAGGUUUCAUUCACCAGAGUGAUCCACCUGGAGUGUGAGGAGCUCGGAUCCACCUGCCAGAUCUACAGAAGGGAGCGUGACAUCAGCGAUAUCGACCCAUCACAUGCCCUUCGAACUCUGGUUGCUAUGAAAACACUUAAUAUGUCGGAGAGUUCUGAGGAAUCAAUAAGGAGUCUGAUCUGCUGCCCCGUCAGAAAUGAGAGGUCUGAAAAUGUUAUCGCGGUAUGCCAGCUGAUGAACAAAAGGAGCAGAGACUCAGAUGAGAUGGAAGCCUUUAACAGAUACGAUGAGCGCCUACUAGAGGACCUGGCAGUGUACUGCGGCCUGGCUCUGCAGUAUGCUCAGGCUGUGCAGAUCACUGAGGAGCGCAGGGCCAGCAUAGAAGUCACACAGGAGGUACUUGCCUACCACAUCACUGCAGCAGAGCCGGAAAUCCAAGCAUUGGAGGAGGCCACUAUUCCCUCUGGUGAAUCACUGAAUAUUCUGGACUUCUACUUCUCUGAUUCUGGUCUGCCAGAGGACCUAACCACUCAAGCCACCAUUCGUAUGUUCCUGGACCUCAACUUGGUGCAAGAAUUUAACAUUGACUACAAGAGUCUCUGCCAGUGGGUGCUGACGGUGAGACGUGGUUAUAGGAACAACGUGCCUUAUCACAACUGGAACCAUGCCCUGUGCACUGCUCAAAGCAUGUUCGCUAUGCUCAUGGCCACAAAGCAGCUCCAGACAAUAUUUUCCCCUUUGGAGAUCUUAGCACUGAUGAUAGCCACUCUAAAUCAUGAUCUUGACCACAGAGGAGUCAGUAACUCGUACAUAGAAAGGAGUCAGGAGCCUUUAGCUCAGCUUUACGGACACUCGUCUCUUGAAAACCACCACUACAACCUGUGCCUCUUCAUCCUGAACAACACCGGGAGUCAGAUUCUCAGCGGUCUUUCUGCAGAGGACCACAGAUCUGUACUGCAAAUGAUCAAAAGGGCAAUCCUCUCAACUGACCUGACCGUCUACAUGGAGAGAAGAAAAGAGUUCUUUUCUCUUGCCAAGAAGGGCAGAGUGAGCUGGAAGAGUGAGAGAAAAAGAGAUUUACUGAGAUCGAUGCUGAUGACAGCUAGUGACCUCUCUGCUAUCACAAAGCCUUGGCCUGAACAAAAAAGGAUUGCCAGACUGGUUGCCAUGGAGUUUUUUGCACAAGGGGACAAAGAGAAAAAGGAGUUCAAGAUCAAACCCAUUGACAUAAUGAACAGAGAAAAAAGCACUCGAAUGCCGUUAAUGCAAGUUGAAUACAUCGAUGACAUCUGCUACCCACUGUACAAGGCUGUAUCAAGACUGUUUGACACCUGCAUCCCACUGAUGAACGGUUGUAAGAAGAACCGAGAAAACUGGACACAGCUCGCUAAGAAAGCAGAGGAAGAAGAUGGUGAAAAUGCAAGAUGUGAAACUCCUGAGACAUCUCAAAACACUGAGGAAGAGAAGCAGACAGAGGAAUAGAGAUCUGGAAUAAGGAUAAAGUGACAAAAGGAACUUUACCCAUUUGCAGCUGUUUUUUCUCUAUUUUUUCUGUGAUGCAUCUUGACUUCAAAUCUGCAUAAUGCCCACAUACAUCAGUACUUUGCCUACUAAGUGUGUUAAUGGGAUAUACAAUAACCUUCACAAACACAAGCAAUGCUGCAGCUGUGUCCCAAACAACAACAAGACCAUCCUCCAGCAAGACCAGUGUCAAACCUGCCAGCACUCUCAAGUCACUCAUAAGUAACAAUGAUCUAUUUCAUUAAUUUAAUAGGACGGAAGGACAUCAAAACAAUGAUGGAACACAUAUGGAAUUGUAUAGUUAAAAAAAGUGUAUAUAGAAUAUGUUUUAUAUUUUAGGUUCUUCAAACAAGCCAACUUUUGCUUUGAUGGUCUCAAAUAAGAAGGCAAGAAAUUCCACAAAUUAACUCUUGACAAGGUGCCCCUGUUAACUGAAAACCAAUCCAAGUGAGCAGCUCAUGAAUCUGACUGAGAGGAUAACAGAAGUGUGCAAAGCUGUCAUCAAAGCAAAAAUAAUCUAAAAUAUAAAAAAUCUUCACUUUUUUACUACAUAAUUCCAUGUGUUUUUAAUGCAGUUUAUUAAUACAUAAUAUAAUAUAAUAUAAUACAAAAACGAAUAAAAACCAUUGAUUGUUUAUCUGCAGAUCAUUGUCAUGUUUUACAUUAUUGCUAAGAUGUUAACCUUAUUUGUAGAGCUGUUUGGCCUAGACACCAAAACUAUCUGAUUGUUCCAUAUGAUCUCACAUGUACAAUAUAGCACAUGAUCGUGAGAGGUGUUUAUGUUACCAUGUAGGACCAGUGGUUAUAAAGCCUAUUAAUAUACCUACCUUCUGUGAUUUCUGGAUUUUUAGCAUCCUUCUUGUGAUAUUUAAUGGGCUGAUAUUAAUUUGUACAUUUUUAUCAAACCAUUUGAAUUUUAAAAUUAGAAUCAAUAAAUGUGUUUUUUUUAAUCAGAAAAUUCAAGAAUAUUAUUGUAAAUUCAUGCUUUCACUGAUUUUGUUGCAAACAUCACCAGAGCCAUUUAUGUGUGGCUGACAUUAUGACAUUAUUAUUACAUUAUGUGUAAGAAAAUGCUGCUCAUUUUAAUUGAGUGUAAACUCAUUGACUAAAAUU